GCUGCUUUUCCUUUUUGGCCAGUGCUGACGGGAAGCGGCACGUUCAGACCAUUCUUGUCCAGGUUCUUGUGAGCUCUGAAGGUGGUGAACCUUGAGAUGCGAUCACAACGCCGUGCCUUCAUCAUCUUACCUCAAACAUGGAAGCAGACAGCUCCAGAUGUCAACCCAACAUCCUUUCCUCCUCCUGUCAACCUCCCUCCAUGGCCUCUCCUCCAUGGCCUCCUGGGGUUCCUCCUGGCCUCCCUGUGUUUGUUUCCCUGCCCAGCUCAGGCUACCUGGUUUCAGGUCGGGGUAGUCGGACCGUGGGGGUGUGACCCCCUGUUUGCCAAGGCCCUUCCCAGCGUGGCGGCACAGCUCGCCGUCAACCGCAUCAACAGGGACCCGUCGCUGUCCUACGCUGUUACGUUCGACUAUGUUGUGCUGCAGGAGCCAUGUGAGACAUCAAGGGCACUGGAGGCCUUCACGGGUUUCUACACCAAGGCCUCAGCAUACAUUGGACCAGCCAACCCCGGAUACUGUGAUGCUGCUUCAAUGCUGAGCAAAGGCUGGAACAAGCCAUUGUUUCCAUGGGGUUGUGUUGGCUAUGAGCUGGAUGAUGUUCGUAGCCACCCGACCUUUGCCCGCUCCAUGCCGAGGCCCACCUCAGUGCUUCUUAACAUCAUAAACUACUUCAGGUGGGCACACAUCGGAAUCAUCUCUUCCUCAGAGGACAUCUGGGUGGAUACGGCCACCAAGGUAGCAGAUUCCUUGAGGAGCCACGGUCUGCCUGUCAGACUGGUCAGUUUUAUGGAGAACACACCUCAUGCUAUCAGACGAACUCUGUCCAAACUCCGCAAGAUGGGAGAAAUUCGAAUUGUGGUCCUCUGCAUGCACUCGGCACUGAUAGGCGGUGAAGCCCAGAAGCUUCUCCUGGAGACGGCCUACGACAUGCAGAUGAUCGACGGCUCCCUGGUCUUUGUUCCCUACGACACCCUGCUCUACAGCCUGCCCUACCGCAAUGUUUCUUACCCGGCACUAAAGAGCAACAGCAAACUGCUGCGGGCCUACGAUGCUGUGCUGACCAUCACCAUCGACUCACCACAGGUGUCGUUCUACGAGGCCUACAAAGAGGCCAUGGAGAGGAGGGAGGUGGCGAGAACGCUGAAGCCACAGCAGGUGUCUCCUCUCUUCGGCACGAUCUACAGCUCCAUCCUCUUCACGGCUCAUGCAGUGCAUCGGGUACGGCAAUCUGGGGAGUGGAUGUCCGGAGGAAACCUGGCAAGAAACACUCGCAACCUGACAUUCCAGGGCUUCAGCCACCCCAUUAAAACCGACAGCUCUGGAGCGGGUCUGCUGGACUACCUCAUUCUGGACACAGACGGACUCUCCUGGGAGCUGAAGCCGACAUACAGGAUCGACAUGGAGGUGGGGAUGGUGCGUUACCUUGGUCGAGAGAUCCACUUCCCUCGCGGCUACAAACCCAGAAAAGACUCCUCCUGCUGGUUUACUCCCGGAGUCAUCUGCUCAGGGGGAGUGGAUCUGUCCUCAACCAUCAGCAUGGGUCUCGGAGGGAUGGCCUGCUCUGUUUUCGCCGUGUUGUUGCUUUACUGUAUCAGGCGACGCGUCAAUCAGAUUCGACUGGUUAAGGGUCCAAACAAGAUCUUGCUGACUCUCACUGAUGUCACAUUCAUAAAUCCAUCGCUCAGCAACAAGAAGCUGAGUCUUGACGACAGCAGAGCCAGCGGCAUGAGGAGCGUGUCAGAACGCAGCGUUGUGUCGCCGGUCUCCACCCAAUCACCAGCCACCUACGAGAACUCCAACGUCGUCAUCUACGAGGGCGACUGGGCGUGGCUAAAGAGGCUUCCUGAUGGGAUGUUUAGCAGCAUUAACCCCAAAACCAGUGAUGUUUUUGAACUGAUGAAGGACAUGCGUCACGAGAACGUCAACCCCUUCCUUGGCUUCUUUCAUGACUGCGGCGUGUUCGCCAUCGUGACCGAGUUCUGCUCCAGAGGGAGUCUGGAGGACCUGCUGGUGAACGAUGACGUCAAACUGGACUGGAUGUUCAAGUCGUCUUUGUUGCUGGAUCUGAUUAAGGGUAUGAAGUACCUCCACCACCGCGGAGUGUCCCACAGUCGUCUGAAGUCCCGUAACUGUGUGGUGGAUGGGCGGUUUGUCCUGAAGGUCACAGACUAUGGCUACAACGAGGUUCUUGAGGCUCAGAGGUUCCCCUACAUCGAACCUCCUGUAGACGAGUUGCUGUGGACGGCUCCAGAGAUCCUGAGGAUCCCCGGGCAGGUGGGAAUAUACGGGUCUCUGCCCGGAGAUGUGUACAGCUUCGGCAUCGUCAUGCAGGAGGUGGUGAUGAGAGGACCUCCAUUCUGCAUGAUGGACCUGUCAGCCGCAGAAAUAAUCGAGAAGCUGCGUAAGCCUCCUCCUCUGUGUCGCCCAGUGGUCAGUCAGGACUGUGCUCCGUUAGAGUGCAUCCAGCUGAUGAAGCAGUGUUGGACCGAACAGCCUGACAAGAGGCCAAGCUUUGACGAGAUCUUCGACCAGUUUAAGAACAUCAACAAGGGGAAGAAGACCAACAUUAUCGACUCCAUGCUGAGGAUGCUGGAGCAGUACUCGUCCAACCUGGAGGAGCUGAUCAGAGAGCGAACGGAGGAGCUGGAGAUCGAGAAACAGAAGACGGAGAAGCUGCUGACACAGAUGCUGCCUCCGUCCGUGGCCGAGGCUCUGAAGGUGGGCGGGGCCGUCGAACCGGAGCAUUUUGACAGUGUGACGAUUUACUUCAGCGACAUCGUCGGCUUCACCACCAUCUCAGCCAACAGCGAGCCCAUCGAGGUGGUCGACCUGCUCAACGACCUCUACACUGUCUUUGAUGCCAUCAUAGGAAACCACGACGUCUACAAGGUGGAGACUAUCGGCGAUGCCUACAUGGUGGCGUCAGGUCUUCCCGUCCCGAACGGCAACCGCCACGCUGCAGAGAUAGCUAACAUGGCCCUCGACAUCCUGAGCGCCGUGGGAACCUUCAAAAUGAGGCACAUGCCUGACGUUCCUGUCAGGAUACGUAUCGGACUGCACACAGGUCCAUGUGUAGCAGGCGUGGUCGGUCUCACGAUGCCUCGCUACUGUCUGUUUGGAGACACGGUGACAACCGCCUCUCGUAUGGAGUCCAGCGGAAUGCCCUACAGGAUCCACAUCCACCAGAGUACGGUGCAGGUCCUGCGGGAGCUUAAUCUCGGCUACAAGGUUGAGUUGAGAGGCCGGACGGACGUCAAGGGGAAAGGAGUCGAGGAGACGUACUGGCUUGUAGGGAGGGAUGGAUUUACAAAGCCUCUGCCUGUUCCUCCGGAGGUCAAGCCCGGCACCAGCUUCAGCAUCGCAGCGGGCGAGUCGAAGGACCUGAAGCGGGCGUUUCACAAGGCGGUGAAGAAGAUCUCUCACGUCCGCGUCGUGACUCAGAUGCAGGCGCAAGACGACGACAACGUCUUGAUGGCGCACCACUGACCGACCUGUGAUCUGCUGUCAGUGACCACAGGGAACCUUAUAUUUCCUCGCUAGCGUUCAUCCGGGAGGAGGAGGAGGAGGAGGAGGCUAGUGAAAGUGAUAGCUCAGAUUAACACUGUGUGUUUGUAUUAACAGCUUGAGUUGAGUCCUGUGUGGGACGAUGUUUAGAGGCAGGGUGGUGACUCAGCAAAGCCGGGAUCUACAGACGCUGCCCGUCAGCAGCAGAGGAGGAGAUAAUCUCUUCACUUCCUCCUCCUUCGCCUCCCUGUUACUGAAGCGACGGAGGGGAAGAAAAGAGGGAAACUGGCGACACAAUGUCAUUAUUUUAAGAUGCUAAAGUCAUUGUGUUGAAAAUGUCCUUUAUUAUUUUGAGAAACACAGUGAUUAUAAUAGGAUAGUCUUCAUUUUUGAGGUGCGUUGUCAAUAUGAAAAGGUUUGUCAUUGUUUUGGGAUGCUAAAUCGUUUUUCAGUAUAAUUAAAUCAUACUUUCAAUAGUUUCUUAUUCUUUUGAGACACUACAUCAUUACAUCGGACUAACAGUAUUGUGCAACACUCUCAUUGUUUUGUGAUACAUGUCAUUAUUUUGAGGGGUUGCAGCAUCACAGUCCGUAAUCAUGAAUGUUUUUAUGGUGAGUCAGUGACUCUGGUUUUACUACAACGAACUGACCUGAACUCAAAUGUGGAAUAGUCGUGUAGUUUACAUUCCCAGGAUUAUUAAAGGCUGAAAACAGUCCUAAUACUGGAUAACAAC